AUGCGCCAGUACUCGCGUGCCACCGCGGCCGCCGUUGCUCUGGCAGCAACGGCCCGCGCCACCAACUCUUCAUCACUUGCCUCUCUUUGUACCGUUGCCCACGUCCAGUCAGCGCUCCCUGCCAAUGGCACUCUACUUGGGAUUGACAUGAUCCCAUCCUCGGUCACGGCCAAGACUGCCACCAGUUCUGGCUAUGAGUACUGCGACGUCUCAGUUUCCUAUGUCCAUACCGGUACCACCGACGAGGUCGUCCUCAACUACGGCUUUCCAAGUCCCGAGAACUUCGCCAACCGCUUCUACGUUGUCGGUGGCUUUGGCUACACCCUGAGCACCAGCAUCACCGGGGGAUUAGAGUACGGAGCCGUGGGUGCCGCCACAGACGCGGGUUAUGGCGCGCUGUCGGGUACCACCAUCGAUGAAGUUAACCUGUCUGGAAACGGCACCAUCAACUGGGACCCUAUCUUCAUGUUUGCGUACAAAGGCCUGGGCGAGAUGACAACGGUUGGAAAACCCCUGACUCGGGCUUUCUACGGCCUGAAUGACGAGGCCAAAGUGUACACCUACUUUGAGGGCUGCUCGGACGGUGGCCGACAAGGUAUGAGCCAAAUCCAGCGCUACGGGGACCUCUAUGACGGCUGUAUCAUCGGAGCCCCUGCCCUCCGCUAUGGCCAGCAGCAGGUGAACCACCUGUUCUCCGCUGUCGUGGAGCAGACAAUGAACUACUUCCCCCCUCCGUGUGAGUUGGAGAAGAUUGUCAACGCGACUAUCAGCGCCUGCGAUCCUCUUGAUGGGAGGACCGAUGGUGUUGUCUCUCGCUCCGACCUGUGCCAGUUGGAGUUCAACCUGACUUCCGUUAUCGGAGAGCCUUACUACUGUGCUGCUUCGACCAGCACUUCCCUUGGUUUCAACUUCGGCAAGCGUAACGAUGGUACUCAGACCACAACCAACCCUGCGCAGAGUGGCAAUGUGACUGCUGAGGGUGUUGCUGUCGCCCAGGCUAUUUAUGACGGGUUGUUCAACUCCAAGGGUGAGCGGGGUUACCUCUCCUACCGCAUUGGUUCCGAGUUCACCGAUGGCGAGACCACCUAUGACAACUCCACUGCCUCGUGGGGUCUGAACAUCCCUUCGACCGGCGGUGAAUUUGUUGGCCGCUUCAUUGAAUUGCUCGACGUGUCUAACCUCGAUAACCUCAACAACGCGAUGGUCCUGUAUAUGGAUACCCUGCAAACGACCCUCCCUGAUCUCACUACCUUCAAGAACUCCGGCGGCAAAAUCAUCCACUACCACGGCGAAGCGGAUCCCAGUAUUCCCACCGCUUCGUCUGUCCACUACUGGCAGUCCGUGAUGAAGAUCAUGUACCCUGAUCUCGGUUCGUCCAAGGCGAUUGAACAACUCAAGGAGUGGUAUCAGCUGUACCUGGUGCCCGGUGCCGCCCACUGCGCCCGCAACAGCCUUCAGCCCAACGGUCCCUUCCCCGAAGAUAACAUGGCGACGAUGAUCAAGUGGGUUGAGAGCGGUGUCCAGCCUACCGGCUUGAACGCUACUGUCGAUGCGGGCACCUACGACGGGGAGGUGCAGAAGCUCUGCCAGUUCCCCAAGCGUCCCGUGUGGAAGAAGGGAGCUUGGAAGUGCGAGAGCGAUGACGAGGGUGCGGAUACCUUCUACUACACUUUCCCUGCCUUCAAGGUGCCCAUCUACUAAGGAUCUCGUUCUUAUGUGGGUAUGAAUCGUCUGCAGGCGACAGGACCAGCUGGAGCCUGGACUGGACGAGCUUCAUGACACCUUGACUUCCCCCGUCCCGAGUUGCCAAAUGUGGUCUUCUCAAUAUACCUCUAUCAAUUCUUUGUUGUGUAUUAUAGAACUUGGUGCUCCCACAUAGGGAGUUCGCAUCAUCAUUGCCC